AUGCGGGAGAUAGGUGGCGACGGGGGUGAUGCGGCCGAUGCAGUCGACGCGGACGACGUGGGUGAUGCGAACGUGAGCGGGGCAAGACGGAGCGAGGUGGGUGACGCAGGGAACAGGCGACGCGGGGGAUGUGGGCGAGGUGGACGCGAGACGAGCAACGUGGGCGAGACAAACGCAUGGGAUGAGGGUGAGGUGGCGACACGGGGUGACGCGGGCGACGCGGGAGGUGCGGGCGACACGGGUGGUGCGGGCGACGCGGGAAAGGUGAGGAAUCCGGGUGAGAUGGGCGACGUGGACCAGGGAGGCGAGAUGGACAUGGCGGUGACGCGGGUGAGGUGGGCAAAGCAGGACCCUGCGUUGGUGCCUGCAGUGCCCAUACGCGUCUCUGCGCAGAGGUUGUCGUCGAAGACGCCACCGGCGCAGCGGGACUGGUGGGGGCUUUGA